AUGAUGGAGUUUCUGGCACUGAAUGUCACCCUUAGGAGUCAGAAGGUGCAGGAGCUGGCUGUGAACUCUUCAUUUACAGAACAGAAAAAGCCGAUUAACCUGUGACUCACUAGUGGUGACACUGAGAAUGAGUCUGAGAAGGAUGCAGACCAGAAUGAAAUGUCCAAAAUGAGUGAGCCUCAGGAGUCUGUCUUGCUGGCUGGUGCCUCAGCAGAGAAGGCAAUGCAAGCUCCUGACACUGACCUAGGAGUUGAAACUGAUCCUGAGAAGGCCUUUGCUGACAUUAUAGGCACAAAGCCCAUAUACUUGGAAGCACACAGGCUGAUAGAAGUGGUGCCUGCUUCACACUUGAUUCAAAAUUUGGCUAAGCCUUACAUCAAUCUGAACCACCAUGUUCUAGGACCUAAAGGUGUCAAAGACAUUGUUAGUGCUGUGGUGUCCAACACAACCAUUACACAAUUAGAGUUUGAAGACAGCUGCAUUUUGGUAGAAGGAGCUAUAUGCAUAGGAGAGAUGUUGUGAGAGAAUUCAUCCCUUCAAGAACUGAAAGAUACAGGGUUAAAUACACCUAUAACCUACACAUUAAUUACUGUCUGGCCAACAUUUCUUAUGUUGCUCAUCUUAUAUUACUCCCUUGGUAUCCUGGGCACUAAGAAGACAAACAUCUCUAAUAAGCACCUAGACACAUCAGGAGCUAAAGCCAUUGCCAGUUUGCUUUUGGUUAAUUUGUCCUACCUCAAUGUUUUUCAGCUCUUGGGGGUUGUAAACAACUUUGGAGAGGAGACUGCACCAUACUUUGCUGAGGCAUGAAUAGUGAGUUACCUGAAAUCCAAGUAUGUUCCACACACCUGCUACCAUGAUGGCCACAAGCAUGUGGUAUCUAUGUCUCUUCUUUUACAGAUGGCCAGUAAUCCCUUGACCACAGAAGAUGCCACUGCACUAGUCAUAACCAUCAGAAAGAACAUAUCUCCCUCCAAAUUCAAGACUCCAGGACCAUACACUAUGAGACUGAGAAACGCUCCUGAGGUCCUGAGUGAGAGCAGAGGUUAUGUUGCAGACCAGCACGGGGUAGACACCUGGCACAAUGAGUUGAUGAAUAAAACUUUCAUCAAGUUGCAGGAUUUGAUGGGUCAAAUGCAUCCUGAACUAGAUGCCAUCUACAGUAAGGUCAAAGGCUGUAUCACCAAGAUCCAACAGCAUCCAAAUCCCAUGGAAGUGAUUCAGAACUCUUUGAAAGAGCACAACCUACAACUCGAGAACUUCUUUGGGAAUAUUGAUAAGGAUGGAAAUAUAAAGAUUCCUGUGGCAGCCUUCUGGAAAGCCAUGAUCAUCCCACUGAACUGAGUCCAAACUGGUGAACUAGUGCACAAUCUAGACUGGAAUCAGACAGCAGUUGUGCAUUACAGUCACUUAAAAGACCAGGAGACAGCAUAG